AACGUCCCAUUGCUUCUGUAGUUUGGAUAUCAAUGACACACCCUGGAGUGACGUCAUUGUUCUACGAUGUCUCUAUUAACCGACAGACCUCCGGGCCGGCGAGUGUCAUUUACACAGGCGGCUGAACGGCGCUGAUGGAAACGGAUCAAUGUGCGUUUUGUUAUUCAGCUGCAUCUUAGCAGGACAGGAUGGAUUCGGAGGCAGAUUUUUUCUUUAUUUUGUAUUUUUUUUUUUAAAAAAAGAGAAAAGAAAAGACUGCGUUUCGGAAUUCAGUUUCGCUUUAUAUUAGUUUUCUAAAUUUCUUAAUUCAUCUCUUUAAAAAAAAAAACACAGCCCCUCUUGUAUUGAACACAAUUAAUUCAAUAGGAAAUAUUAUCGGUGCCUUGGCUGCCACCUGCCGGUUUUAAUUGGAAUUGCACAUGUGCAUAGGAAUAGUAAUAUAUCCUCUACUAAAAUGUCUGCCAGUGUAACAUAUUCCUCUACCAAGAUGGCGGCCCGUCCCCGACAGUUUUCCUCCAGCAAAAUAGACGCUUUCUUUACCAAAAUGUCUUCCUUUGCGCGUCGCCGCCCAACUAGAACGCCAAUCUGAUUUGGUUUAGCAAGGUGGCCGACGCCUGGCUUCACCCCACUUUCCUGUGAGGAUUUCAAAGGGAUGGGCGUAUCCCCGCAUUCCCGUUUUCCCUUUGUUUGCAACAGUGUCCACGACGGGGCGUUGAAUAAAGUUUUAAAGCGGUUGAAUCCGCAGUGACUCGGGAAAGAGAACAGCGAUGGAGGAUCUGGAUUUUAUCCCGGGGGAUCUCAGCUCGGAGGAGCGCCUGGAGCUUGAAGAGAUUCGACGCAGGAAAGGUGUUCUGCUGCUGGAGAUCCAGAGACUUAAAGAUGAGCUGAGAGAGGCCAUGAUGGAAGUGGAGGGACUGGAGAGCAACACAGAGGGGAGCAAAACGUUACAGAAAAGCCGUCAUGUGGCCAUGGGUCGAAAAAAGUUCAACAUGGAUCCCAAAAAGGGUAUUCAGUUCCUGGUUGAAAACGAGUUGCUGUGCCACACAGCUGAAGAAAUCGCUCAGUUCCUGUACAAAGGGGAGGGGCUCAACAAGACUGCGAUCGGGGAUUAUCUCGGUGAAAGGGACGACUUCAAUAUCCGAGUCCUCCAUGCGUUUGUGGAUCUCCACGAGUUCACAGACCUCAAUCUGGUGCAAGCGCUCAGACAGUUUCUCUGGAGUUUCCGGUUGCCCGGGGAAGCACAGAAAAUCGACAGGAUGAUGGAAGCAUUCGCUCAGCGAUACUGUCACUGCAACCCCGGUGUCUUUCAGAGUACAGACACCUGCUAUGUUCUGUCGUUCGCCAUCAUCAUGCUGAACACCAGUCUGCACAACCCCAACGUGAGAGACAAGCCGGGGGUGGAGAGAUUCAUCUCCAUGAACAGAGGAAUCAACGAGGGAGGGGACCUGCCAGAGGAGCUGCUGAGGAAUCUUUACGACAGCAUCAAGAACGAGCCGUUCAAAAUCCCCGAGGAUGAUGGGAAUGACCUGACGCACACUUUCUUCAACCCUGACCGGGAGGGCUGGCUCCUCAAACUGGGGGGUCGCGUGAAAACGUGGAAAAGACGCUGGUUCAUCCUGACAGACAAUUGCCUCUACUACUUUGAGUACACCACGGAUAAGGAACCUCGAGGGAUUAUCCCGUUGGAGAAUUUGAGUAUCCGAGAAGUGGAAGAUCCCAGGAAACCAAACUGCUUCGAGUUGUAUAUUCCUAAUAACCGGGGUCAGCUGAUCAAGGCGUGUAAGACGGAGGCGGACGGCCGGGUGGUGGAGGGCAAUCACAACGUCUAUCGGAUCUCAGCCCCCACCCAGGAGGAGAAAGACGAGUGGAUCAAAAACAUCAAGUCUGCAGUCAGUGUGGAUCCUUUCUACGAGAUGCUCGCCGCGAGGAAGAAACGCAUUUCACUGAAGAAGAAGGAGGAGCAGGCGUGAGAGAGGAGAGGAACAAAUAGACUUUUAAAACUCCUCCUUCGUUCCAAGCCCCUUUCUUUCACACCGAGUAGCAAUCCUGGGGUACCCCCCCCCCCAUAUCCCCAUCAUACACGCCGCUUUUCCACUGGGGCCUCCUUUUACAGUGACCACUAUUAUACACCCUUCAUCUUUAAGCCUGGAGAUUCACAAGCAGUUUUUAUUGACAAUUCUAGUUGACGAGACAAAAAAAAAAUGGACAACCGAAUUGCUGUAAAAAAAGCAGUGGUCUCUUCUGGCAACUCACUUGCCAGUUGGCCAUUGUCAGUUUGGGUUGCCAAGAAAAAAAAUUGCUUGUGUGUCUCUGGCUUAGCAGCCUCUAGCUUCCCUUUAUUUAAUGAUUUAUUUUUCAAUCUUUCUGUCCUGAUUUCUCUAUGAACUUUAUGGGGGGUAGCCCCCUUUCUUAAACUUCUUCUUCGAUUCCAAAAUUGAGAAACACUCCUUUAGAAAUAUAGACCCUCAGCACCUCCACCUCCCUCGAUCCCCUGCUUCAGAACCAACUUCCAAAGAAAGAAAGAAAGAUCCUCAGAUCCUAAGCUUGCAGUGUCCCACAAUCAGUUCCAGUAACGACACACCAGAAUAGAAAUACCCCGAAGUCUUAACGUGAGGAGUUUAAAUGUCUAGAUCAGGGGUGUUCAGUCAAUCCCAGGGCCAUUCCACUCCCCUCCAGGAGGUUUAACAGAUAAUGAACUACUUAAGGGUCUGGAUAGUUGGAGGCUGAUUUAUUUAAUUGAUUCGGCUAAACAAAUUAAGAACCGGGUUUUGGAACUGCAAAUCUGCUAUACGAUUUUCCUGAAGUAAUCUGAAACGAACUUUCUAAAACAAUAAAUAAAAACGCAGGGGGAGGUGUAGCCCAUAGGGGGGCGCUGUCUGCUGGUCGGCGCACCUCUGAUUUAAUUAUGAAGCUGCAUGACCUAGCAUCGGCGCGCUGCAAAAAGAGGUGACAGUUUGGUCUUAUCCAGCACGGAGAACAAUGUGGUGACCUUGAGCAAGGAAUAAGCCUAGAGCUGCUUGCCUAUUUUUAUACCAAGAAGAUCAUUGCUGCUGAGCUUUAAGAGAGCGUCAUUGGGGAUUCAAGAAUUCAACUUGGCCCUGACAGACCGUGAUCAAUGCUGCCAGCCACUUACAACAUCCGGUCAAGAAUGGAUCUUGGCAUUGAAGCAAAUGGGGCAAAAAAAAAAACCUUUGACUGGAUCUUUCUGAAUGAUGGGAACCAGACAGACAGUAACCCCUGCAGUGUGGCGCCCAGUAUGGGGCUACUCUGUGGGAAGGAGAUGGGGGGGGGUAUCACCUGGAACACAGAAUGGAAGGACGCACUGGAGAGAGGGACCACAUCAGGGUUUGGGGUCAAUUCCUGGUUUUCAAAUCCAGUAGUUUUUUUAAAACCGAUUCUGACACAUCGUUGAUCAAAAUUGCAAGUUGCGGUAUUCUGUUAAAAAUGAGAUUCCGCACAGGCAGUGGCAACAAAUGACUUCAAUCGAAGUUGCUGUUUGUUUGUUUGUUUGUUUGUUUGAAAAUUAAAUUUGGCUUCAAAGGAAAGCAGUUGAACGAUCGCAACAAUUAUUACGAUGUUUCUAAAAUAUCAAUUCCAGUUCCUUCGAAGGGGACUGGGAUUGGGAAUUGAUUUUAAAAUGGAAUUGAAAAACAGGAAUUGACCCCAAACCUGAUUUUAUUUAUUUUAUUAUUAAUAUUUUUUGUGAUGAAUUGUCUCCAUACCUCUAGUCCCCCUUUUCCCUUAUGGGGUGAGCAGUUCCGUCUCCAUACCUCAAGCCUGCCCUGGACUGGAGGGAGCCCCCUUUCUCUUAGAGGGGUGAGGGAGGGAGGGAGCAGUUCAGUCUCCGUGCCUCAAGCAAGCCCUGGACUGGAGGGAGCACCUUUUCUCUUAGGGGGGGGAGUGAGGGGAGGAGCAGUUCAGUGUCCAUGCCUCAAGCCUGCCCUGGACUGGAGGGAGCCCCCUUUCUCUUAAUUUAGUGUAGAUUAAUGAUGAUGUGCAUUUGUUGCAAUGGGUUUAAAUGAAGGGGACCUGUAUAUUGCUGAGUUUUAGUUUGGUUUUAAUGACUCCAAGGCAGCUUUUUUUUGUUGUUGUUGACAUUAACAUUCCUUUCAAACGACCUGCAUCAGUUUUGACGAAUGUUUUGCGAAGUGGAUGUUGCAUGUUUUUUUUUUU